CAUAUUCAGCAUUUCCUACGGUGAUGGAUAUUAAUCAAAUACGGGAAAUUUUACCGCACAGGUUUCCGUUUCUUUUAGUGGAUAGAGUGAUUGAGUACAACCCAGGGAUCUCAGCAAUAGCAAUUAAGAAUGUGACUAUAACAAUAACUUCUUUCCUGGGCACUUCCCUGAGAGGCCAAUUAUGCCUGGUGUGCUCAUGGUUGAGGAAUCGACAAAGUGAGGUUCCAGAAACCAGUCAUUGCAGGAGACACUUUGGUUAUGCGAAUGACUCUGGUUAAGCAUCAAAAACGGUUUGGAAUUGCAAAAAUGGAAGGGAAGGCAUAUGUAGGAGGUGAGAUGAGGUGGUAUGUGAGGGCGAGUUCUUGAUGGCUACAGGGAGCAAAUGAAGCCCCUGCUCAGUCGGGGUGCAGAUCCUUAUUUGCCAGUUAAAGCUGUGAAUCUAGGAAAUUGGCUUGUUACAGAGGGAUGGAUGAAACCUGAACUCUUUGCUGGGAUACCCAAUCAAGAUCUUUUGGAUGGAACUCAAGUGCAGUUCAUGUCUACGAAGCUGCAGAAGUAUCUCGCCGCUGAAAAUGGGGGUGGGACAGAUGUUGUUGCCAACCGCACCUCGCCCUCUGGCUGGGAGACUUUCAGGUUGUGGAGGAUCAAUAAGUCAACUUUCAAUCUCAGAGUGUUUAACAAACAGUUCUUUGGACUAGAAAAUCAAGGCAAAGGAAACAAAGUGGUAUCGGUUCUAAAUUCCCCUGGGAACUCAGAAACAUUUCAGAUAGUAAAGAACGACGAUCAAAAUCGAGUUCGCAUAAAAGCAUCAAAUGGCCUCUUCCUCCAGGCAAAACCGGGGCUGGUGACUGCAGACUAUGGAGGCUCAGGUUGGGAUGACAAUAAUCCAUCCGUCUUCCAAAUGAAGAUAGUCCGGACCUUACAAGGAGAAUACCAAAUCACUAAUGGCUAUGGUCCAGACAGAGCCCCUCAAGUCAUGCAGGAUCACUGGAAUGCAUACAUCACUAAUGAGGAUUUCAGAUUCUUGUCAUCAAAUGGUCUGAAUGCGGUUAGGAUUCCAGUUGGGUGGUGGAUAGCGAGCGACCCAACACCACCAAAGCCUUUUGUGGGGGGCUCCUUAAAGGCCUUGGACAAUGCUUUCACAUGGGCACAGAACAACGGCAUGAAGAUUAUAGUUGAUCUGCAUGCAGUUCAAGGUUCACAAAAUGGCAACGAUCAUAGUGGGACCAGAGAUGGGUUUCAGGAAUGGGGAGACUCCAAUAUUCAAGAUACUGUUGCAGUCAUAGACUUCCUAGCAGCAAGAUAUGCCAACAACCCGAGUCUAGCAUCCAUUGAGUUGAUGAAUGAGCCUCUGGCUCCAGGAGUUACACUCAAUGAUCUUAAGAAGUAUUACAAAGCUGGUUACGAUGCCGUGAGGAAGUACACAUCAAAUGCUUAUGUGAUCCUAUCGAACCGACUGGGGCCUGCUGACUCCAAGGAGCUCCUGGACUUCGCCAGGGGCCUUAAUCGUGUAGUGAUCGAUGUGCAUUACUACAGCCUCUUCUCAGAUAUGUUUAACAACAUGAACGUACAACAGAAUAUUGAUUUCAUCUAUAGCCAGAGAGCUUCAGACCUCAGUGCUGUUACCACUUCCAAUGGCCCUCUCAGUUUUGUAGGGGAAUGGACCGCAGAAUGGGCAAAAAGUGGAGCAUCAAAGAAAGACUACCAGAGAUUUGCAAAAGCUCAAAUAGAUGUGUACAGGCGUGCCACUUUUGGAUGGGCGUAUUGGGCUUACAGAUGUGCUCAGAACCACUGGAGCCUCAAGUGGAUGAUUGAGAACGGCCAUAUAAACCUCGGAAGUUCCUAAUAUGAAUAUUAGUUAGCUACUAUCCUUGCAUCUCCUUCCACUCUAAGUAAUGGUUUCUCAGGGGAAAUGUAUUUCUUCAGCUAGUUAUAAUAAGUGAAGAAGAUGCAAAUCUUUAAAGAUAUAAGUUCAUUUUAUACUUACGUU